GGGUGGUGCGCGGGCACACGGAGGCGGAAGGCCGGAGGCGCAGUCCGCCGCGGGGGCGAGCGCGCAGGCGCCUUCCUGGGACCCACUGCAGGCGCGAAUCCCAGCGGCUGGCGGGCGGCGGGGAUACUUCUACAUAGACAUAAUCAAUUUUUGACUAUUUGGAAACCAAGCAUCAUUAAAAUCCUCUCAAACUCCUAAUUGCGAAGAAUCGAUAACAUUUCAAGAAGUGAUAACAUUUCUCUGAACAAGAAAAGAAGUGAUUGACCACGUUUUAAAAGUACUCUGGCACUGGUGCUGUGUUUUCUUCCCCUCCCUAAAUUUGAAGGAGUAUGGAGAAAUGGUACUUGAUGGCAAUAGUGGUUUUAAUAGGACUAACAGUGCGAUGGACGGUGUCUCUUAAUUCUUAUUCAGGUGCUGGAAAACCACCUAUGUUUGGUGAUUAUGAAGCUCAGAGACACUGGCAAGAAAUUACUUUUAAUUUACCGGUCAAACAAUGGUAUUUUAACAGCAGUGAUAACAAUUUACAGUAUUGGGGAUUGGAUUACCCACCUCUUACAGCUUAUCAUAGUCUCCUAUGUGCAUAUGUGGCAAAGUUUAUAAAUCCAGACUGGAUUGCUCUCCAUACAUCACGUGGAUAUGAGAGUCAGGCACAUAAGCUCUUCAUGCGUACAACAGUUUUAAUUGCUGAUCUGCUGAUUUACAUACCUGCAGUGGUUUUGUACUGUUGUUGUUUAAAGGAAAUCUCAACUAAGAAAAAGAUUGCUAAUGCAUUAUGCAUCUUGCUGUAUCCAGGCCUUAUUCUUAUAGACUAUGGACAUUUUCAAUAUAAUUCUGUGAGUCUUGGCUUUGCUUUGUGGGGUGUUCUUGGAGUAUCUUGUGACUGCGACCUGCUAGGGUCACUGGCAUUUUGCUUAGCUAUAAAUUAUAAACAGAUGGAACUUUACCAUGCCUUGCCAUUUUUUUGCUUUUUACUUGGCAAGUGUUUUAAAAAAGGCCUCAGAGGAAAGGGGUUUGUGCUGCUAGUUAAGCUAGCUUGUGUUGUUGUGGCUUCCUUCGUUCUCUGCUGGCUGCCAUUCUUUACAGAAAGGGAACAAACCCUGCAGGUUCUAAGAAGACUCUUCCCAGUUGAUCGUGGAUUAUUUGAGGAUAAAGUAGCCAAUAUUUGGUGCAGCUUCAAUGUCUUUCUGAAGAUUAAGGAUAUUUUGCCACGUCACAUCCAAUUAAUAAUGAGCUUUUGUUUUACGUUUUUGAGCCUGCUUCCUGCAUGCAUAAAAUUAAUACUUCAGCCAUCUUCCAAAGGAUUCAAAUUUACACUGGUUAGCUGUGCACUAUCAUUCUUUUUAUUUUCUUUCCAAGUACAUGAAAAAUCCAUUCUCUUGGUAUCACUACCAGUCUGCUUAGUUUUAAGUGAAAUUCCUUUUAUGUCUACUUGGUUUUUACUUGUGUCAACAUUUAGUAUGCUACCUCUUCUAUUGAAGGAUGAACUCCUAAUGCCCUCUGUUGUGACAACAAUGGCAUUUUUUAUAGCUUGUGUAACUUCCUUUUCAAUAUUUGAAAAGACUUCUGAAGAAGAACUGCAGUUGAAAUCCUUUUCCAUUUCUGUGAGGAAAUAUCUUCCAUGUUUUACAUUUCUUUCCAGAAUUAUACAAUAUUUGUUUCUUAUCUCAGUCAUCACUAUGGUGCUUCUGACGUUGAUGACUGUCACACUGGAUCCUCCUCAGAAACUACCGGACUUGUUUUCUGUAUUGGUGUGUUUUGUAUCUUGCUUGAACUUCCUGUUCUUCUUGGUAUACUUUAACAUUAUAAUUAUGUGGGAUUCCAAAGGUGGAAGAAAUCAGAAGAAAAUCAGCUAGCUGUAUUCCUAAACAAAUUGUUUCCUAAACAAAUGUGAAAAUGUGAACAGUGCUGAAAGGUUUUGUGAACUUUUUGCUAUGUAUAAAUGAAAUUACCAUUUUGAGAACCAUGGAACCACAGGAAAGGAAAUGGUGAAAAGUCAUUGUUGUCUACACAAAAUAAAUGUAUAUGGAGACCAAA